AAUGGUGAACGUAGUGUCCUCGUCGCCAUAACACAGAGGGUGGUGUGUUCUUAGUCGACAUCGUCGUCGCUGUGCUAGCUAGCUGUCAGGAUAUAUCAGAACGUGGCAGUGUAGUCAACAAAAGCUGCUAUCUGAACCGUUUUGCUUGUAACUGCUGUUCAUGUCAGUCUGCAUCAGUGUACUUGCCGCGUAACUUACGUGGCAGUUGUUUAAAGCAGUGAACUAUCGGCAGCGGUAUUAUUGAGCAGCAGCACUGCCGCCGUCGCAAUACGAUAUCGGCGACGUAAUCGACGGGCACUCAGGCAACGACAGGCGACAGACGAACGGAAAAACGCCAAUAGGUAGCCAGCGGGUGAAAACCUCUUGUGUGGAUUCUUUUGUUGUCUCAUCUGGGUUUGAUCGUGGUUUUGUGUAGACUUUCGGUGUUGCAGUGGUCGGACAGUAGUGAUUGUUUUUUUUCCUGUAGGAUAAGCAAGGCAAAGAUUGUCAUUACGUGCCAAGAUGGGUUUGACUAUGAGUAGUCUGUUUAAUCGGCUCUUUGGCAAGAAGCAGGUCCGAAUUCUUAUGGUUGGUUUGGACGCUGCUGGGAAGACGACAAUUCUCUACAAACUAAAAUUAGGUGAAAUAGUGACAACGAUUCCUACAAUCGGUUUCAAUGUUGAGACAGUCGAGUACAAAAAUAUUUGCUUCACUGUAUGGGACGUUGGAGGACAGGAUAAGAUUCGACCUCUUUGGAGGCACUAUUUCCAAAACACGGAAGGCUUGAUUUUUGUAGUGGAUUCCAAUGAUCGUGAACGAAUCUCAGAGGCACAGGAUGAACUGAUGAAAAUGUUGAACGAAGACGAACUGAGAGAUGCCGUGUUGUUGGUUUUCGCCAACAAGCAGGACCUUCCCAACGCGAUGAAUGCUGCCGAGCUGACUGAAAAGCUCGGUCUCAACUCUCUUCGAGGGAAGAAGUGGUACAUUCAAGCGACGUGCGCCACACAAGGUCAAGGUCUUUAUGAAGGACUUGAUUGGCUGUCCAAUGAGCUUGCUAAAGGCAAGUAAGUGUGAUUUGGCUAAAAAGGAGAGAUGACGUUAGCAGACGUGUCAGCGAGACGAUGUUCACGUGCACAGAACAAGCUGCUACCAACAGAGAAAGGACCGAUUUAUGAAAGCGAUUCUACGGAAGUUAUGUUAGAAUUGAUGACAAAGAUAUUGAAGACGAUAGUAGUAGGGAUUGACACUAGAAGAUUUUUACCGUCAAAAUCCCAAAACCUUUCAAACAGAGGUCAAUUUUUCUGGAGAACAAUUAGCUAUCAGCAUUGUCGUCAAAAAACAAAUACCAAUCACAGAACAUGCGGUGUGCUUCUACACUUCAAAUUCAUUAUAUCGACUAGGUCGUUUGGCAUGAACAGCCAUGACGUGUUUACUGUGCUUUGAUGUUGGGUAAGCGACGUGAUUGCCAACGUCCACCAGCGGUGGAGUCGAUUUUGUCAUCCAGGCGGUCGUUUUUUAUGAAAUGGUAUAUCUUCUUGUAAAUUAAAGGAAAUUUUGAUUCGGGUAAGUAGUGUUAGAGAACUGCAUUUGCCGCAGUGGCAUUACUUAUGAUGGUAAUCAGGAAUAUCUAUCACCAAACCGUGUUCUCCAAAUAUAUAUAUAGUUACGCAUGCUGUUCAAGAGAUGAUAACAUCCAUUACAAAAUAUAAUUUAUGCUUAUAAUAGGGGAUAUUAAAAUAGAGUCAAUAAGGGCGUAGCGUGUCUAGGCGAAAGUCUAAUAGUCGACGUCGUGCCGGACCUAAAUACGUGAAGUAAAACAUGUGUGAAAAGAACGAAAGACCGUUGAUGGCGCAGUUAUGGCGCAUACGUAGUCUAAAGGAUAUUUUUGCAUAAGCUUGCGAUGGAAUUUAUCGUUCAAGAGAUAUUUCGUUAUUACUUUGAUUUGGUUGAAUGUUCUACGUGUGGUUGAUACAUUACGCAUAUGCAGAGGUAAGGCACAACAAUCAAACAACACACAUCUUAGUGAUACCUAGUGAUCCAUAAACGCUUACCGGCUUCCGCGAAACGCCCUUCAUAUCUUAGCGAAAAACAACAAUGUUUACAUAUGGUUGUACACACACAACAAUGUAUGGCUACUGGAGGCUAAAAUUAACAUCAUCAUGUUAAUUUGAAGGUGUUGCUAAGGUUCUGCCAGAGACGUUUAGAUUCAGGUUUCAUUUCUAUUAUUAGUGAGCGGAACACACAAAUGUACAAGUUAACACGCUGACUUGGAGGGCAACAGUUCUUGAUCAUGUCGAUAGCGCAGAUAAAGCAGAAUAUGCGGGUAAGCGGCAGAGGUGUAUUUGAAACCAAUCGAAAACUUACGUAGAAUGAAUAUGACUAAGAAAACAAACAAACACAAGUAAGAAAUAAUAAGAAAACAGCGACGAGCAAACCGAGGAGGGCACUAAGGACAGAGUAAUAAGCGUGUGACAACUGCUGUUAACAAGCGGAAAGAGUAAAUCAUAACGAAAGUAGAAUAUGAAACCUAAAGCGAGGAUAAAAAAAAUACGAUGAAAAAAGCGUAAAAGUAUGCGUGAGUGCGUGUAUAUACAAAUAAUAACACGUUAUUUAUCCCCUGGAUGGAGGAUCCUUUUUCUACUGCGGUUUGUAGCCACCUCAGUAGCUUGCUAGCCACCGUGGGUCCCCUUGAUGAGAAGCACCUUUCUAAUCAUUUGACAAUGUCAAAAGACUGGAUAGAUUUAGUUAGAAGGAUGAUAGCGUGAAAAACCAACGAUGUGAUUUUACAGUAAUAAAAGCAAUUUUUGACAAAUGGG